UGGAUUGUCAGAAAUAAGUGUCAGUCCAGGUUCAACUUCAGAAGAAUACAUUAUAGUACAAUGGGGAGGAUUAAUCUGUACAUCUUAGGACUCUUCGUCCUCGUAGCUACGACGAAAGCACAAAGAAAUCUUGAAUAUCCUACAACAAAGCAACCAGCUCCGACGCAGCCGCAAGCCUCAACUCAAACAUCAGCCGUUGAAUCUACAACUUUAGAGUCAACCACGCCAUCAGAAGCGGCGCUAUAUCCUGCAGCUGGAUAUCGUCCUGGUCGGGCUUUUAAUCUACCAACAGAAGAACGAAAAUCGCCAGAUUCAACUUACGGUCCACCCACUGAGACCCCAACAGAGGAGCCUACAACAAUAGAUAAUGCACCUUACCCUCCGGCAGGAUAUCGUCCCGGAAAAGCAUUCAAUCUCCCAACAGAGGACCAAACCGAACCAGAGUCAAGUUAUGGACUCCCAACAGAACAGGCACCAGAAGCUCCUUACCCACCGGCUGGAUAUCGUCCCGGUCGGGCAUUCAAUCUACCAACUGAAGGAGGAAACAAUAUUGAUACUCCCAAGUCAAGCUACGGGCCACCAGAUCAAAGCGCAGCAGGUACCGAAAUAGUGACUACCAUUGAUUUCCCAGAGUCUGAAUUUGACGAGGUGCCAUUAGCAAGAAUUAGAUCAGGGCCACCAACUUUCCAGGCAAGACCAGGGUUUAAUCAACCUCAACAGUUUGUUAAUCAUCGUUUCAUUCGACCGGGACCUAAUCAACGACCAAUUCGUCCUAUACAUCGACCAAUCGGUAGUGCACAAUCAGUGAUACAAACUCGUCCGAGUUUUGGAGUAAAUUCAGGAUUUGUUUAUGAUAGAGAACCUGUACUAGUUGCAACGAUACGAUUACCUGAUCCAUUUGCUUUUACUUCUUUUUUGGAUGAUUUCUAAGUGAAUUGGAUUGGAUUGUGUUUGUUAAGAAAAUAUUUAGAGUUGAUUAUCAAUUUUGGAAAUAUUUUUUUUGUUAUUUUGAAAUCAAAAAUGUUGUUGUCGCAUACAUACAUAAAAUACAUCAUACGUAGCCAU